UAUUACAUUUCAAUAUUUUUAGGGAAAAACACAUUAAUUCUUUAUUAUAUGGAUAUGAGGUUUCUAGGAAGUUUAAUGUCUCUUUCCACUUCAUUCUUACAGGAUUAUCUGAGACAGUACCACUACAUCUCACCAGCCAGAUCUGGGAAUCAAAACACCACCGUAGCAAAUGAGAACUUUCAGAAGUUUUUUGGUCUGCCAGUGACAGGUGAACUGGACGAGGACACGAUAUACGAGAUGAAGAAACCGCGUUGUGGAGUCCCGGAUGUUGACAUCACUGGAGGACGCCAAAAGCGUUACGCUACGUCGGGAAAAUGGAGGAAAACCAAUCUUAAGUAUUACAUGACUUACGGGGACGAUAUGUCACACGAUCAUCAAGCGAGGAUUAUGGCCAGAGCGUUUAAAUACUGGAGUGACGUGGCACCACGACUGCAGUUUGCAAAAACUGACGACCUUAGCAAAGGUGACUUCAGUAAGGUAAGGAUGAUGUUUAAAACUUUGGCAAAAAGAACUCAUUCCGGUGUCCCUGGUGAACAACAAUGCGCUCAUCCGUUUGAUGGACCAGGCAAAGUCUUAGCGCAUGUCUUAUUUUGA